CUUUCAACCCUUUAUUAUUUAUUAGAAAGAAAAAGAAGGAUGGUUCUGUCGGAAGAGGAAAUCAACAGGCUCUAUAGAAUUAGGAAGACGGUGAUGCAGAUGCUAAGGGACAGGGAUUACCUUGUUGGGGACUUCGAGAUCAAGAUGAGUAGAGAAGAAUUUAGAAGAAAAUAUGGCGAGAACAUGAAGAGGGAAGACCUUGUCAUCAACAAAUCCAAGAAGGAAAAAUCUUCUGACCAGAUCUAUGUCUUCUUCCCCGAAGAAGCUAAGGUUGGUGUCAAGACCUUGAAGACUUACACCAAUCGAAUGAACUCCGAGAAUGUUUUCAGGGCUAUCUUGGUUUUGCAACAGAAUUUAACACCAUUUGCCCGCACUUGUAUUAGUGAAGUUUCUGCAAAAUUUCACUUGGAGGUUUUCCAGGAAGCAGAAUUGCUGAUCAACAUAAAAGAACAUGUUCUUGUCCCUGAGCAUCAAAUACUUACUGAUGCAGAGAAGAAAACUUUGAUUGAGAGAUAUACUGUAAAAGAAACUCAACUUCCUAGGAUUCAAGUUACUGAUCCUGUUGCAAGAUAUUAUGGAUUGAAGCGUGGACAAGUUGUUAAGAUAAUCCGGCCAAGUGAGACUGCAGGCAGAUAUGUUACCUAUCGAUUUGUUGUAUAAGAAUUUCCUUGAACGUCAUGACUAUAUUUAUGGUACCAUAUGCCCUCUAUCGAUAGAUAUUUAUGAGAGCUUGAGAAGCAUGGACAAGGAUAAAGAACCCUUUUUCAUUUGGCUUUACUCUUUUUGCUAUUAGUUAGAAGUUAUGGUUGAACCUUUGUAGUCAAACUAAGACACACUAUACUGCGGUGGUUGGUUUCCAAUGUUUCGCAAAACCUGUCUUUAACUGCACGAAUUCUUUUGGUUGUGCGUUCUUGC